AUGAAGGGGACACUUCUUCUGCUGGCCUUGCUGGUGCUUGGAGAGCUGGGCUUCCAGACAACGGAAGCAUGUGUUCCUUUCUUUGCUGCCUAUGCGGGUCUUAUCUCUGGAAGCAGGUUAUGGUUGCAUCACGAACUUGCAGCAUUUGAUGGUACUGAGGAGGAAAAGGUGGCCUUUGAAAAAAUCCAGGACUGCUACAAAGAAGAAAGAAUAAAAAACAUAUUACUGGAACCCAAAAUUUUGGAAGCCAUGCUCUUCAGUGAAGAAUGCAUGAAAUACUAUUCCAAAGAAGUCAUAGAAAAAAUUAAGGAAAUAUUUGCCAUGAUAUCUGAUCAUUAG